AUGAAGCUGCUCUUUACUCAAUGUAUACAACACUUCGGCAAAGUCGAUAUUGUUGUGGCCAAUGCCGGGAUAAUGGAGAGCCAGGAACUUUUUGAUAUUGGUAACAUUGAUGAGCAGGGGGAAUUGCGCGAGUCGACGGGAGGAUUUCGCGUAAUCGAUGUCAAUCUCAAAGGGACGAUUAACAGAUAUUUCGGAUCAACUGGGGUGGGGGCGUACAUUGCAUCUAAACAUGGGAUCACCGGUCUCCUUCGAACAUCGCAACAGGUUGGUCGAGAGCUAGGGAUUAGAAUCAAUGGUGUGGCUCCGUUCUUCACGCCAACCCCCACAUUCAAAGCGUUAGCCGAGAAAUGGAGACAUUCGGGUCUCAAGUCAAACACACUAGAGAGUGUUGCAACGGCCAUUGCUCUCGCCUGUACACGAGAUGAGACUGGAAAAUGCUAUUUGCCGGAGGAAUGUCCGUAG